AGGUAUCUCUGCCCAGCGCACUCUGAUAUCCCCGCCAUGUCUGAGUUGAUGCUUUUGCUGACACUUAUUGACUGCAAAACUUUUCUGAUUUUAUAUCAGUUCUAGCUCCAGUUCUUAGGCAUGAAUACAUCUGUGCCUGUCCUUGUGGACAUUUUGUUUAUUUGGGACAUAUAGUAGUUCCAUUUCCUACACCUCUUUCUGGUGGACCAUGAGUGGACUCCCAAAUCAAGUUAAGUACCUCAGUCCUUUGAGACUUAGAUCUCGCAUAAUAGAAAGAGGGAUAAUAAGACUGAAUCAAAGAGGGGACAAUGAUGAUUCCCCAAUGCCUCUUGGAGAAAGGAGUGCAAGAAGACGCCAUUAUCCGCCACAGCAAUACAGACAACGGAGUCAAUCUCCACCAUCUCAAGCUGGACCCUCCCAAUUAUCAGGAGUAGGCAAUAUUGGUCAAAGCAGCAGAGAUAUGGUCCUUGAAGCUUCCAAUACCACACCUGGAGCAUCAGAGGGGAAUGCUUCUCACCAAGAGUCUGCUGCUCCUGAGCCUCAGUCUAGCGAGCCAUUGGAAACCCAACGACUACCACCAAGGGUAGCCAAAAGAAUGAAGAGAAUUGAAGGCCUACCUUCCCGUCCAUUUACACAGGACGAUGAACUGACAUCAUGCCUCGUCUGUUUGGAGGAAUUUAUCAACGGGGAGCAAGUAAUAUAUCUUCCCUGCACCCACAUUUAUCAUCGGGGUUGUCUACGCCCAUGGCUUCGUUCCAAACCUAGAUGCCCCAUGUGCAGGCGCCUUUGCUUUAAAUGAAACAAAAGCAGGAAAACCAAAGGUCUAAUUCCAUUGCUAAUUCUUUGCCAAAAUGGAAAUUUCACUGAAUUAAACAUCUUUGCAAGUGAUCCAGACACAAUUAAUGUUCAUUAGAAAAAUAAAAAAUAUGUA